AUGGCUGCCAUUAUGGCUGCCACUCUCUCACCAUUUCCUUUUAGGAGGAGAGUGACUCCCUUUUCAGGGGAAAACUCCGCAGAAACAUUGAACCGUUUUAGAAGAAAACGGAGAAGGAAAAUUUUUAAGUUGCCAAUUCUUUUAAUGGCCUUCAUAAUAAGCCAAUGCACCAUCGAGAGAACCAUAUGGCAGCUUCCUAGAACAGGUGCGUGGUUUCAGCUUGCAUUGAACGAGUUUUCAGACCAAGAAUGGUACGAAAACUUUCGCUUGCCCAGGGCGACAUUUCGAUUUCUUGUUGAAGAACUUAAACCAGAACUGACAUUGCAAGAUACAAAGAAGAGGAAAGCUGUUGAAGUAGAAAAGAAAGUGGCUCUGUUCUUGUACUUCAUUGCUUCAACCGCAAGUUAUAGAACGCUUUCUAACCUGUUUGGUUUAUCCAGGGGCUUUGUUUGCAUUUGCAUCCGCAAGGUAGCCGCUGCAGUGUUGAGAAAACUCAAGCCAAAGUAUAUGUCAAUUGCUAAAGGAGAUGAACUUGCUCGCGUGAAUGCUAAUUAUAACGAGAAAUGGGGGUUUCCCAUGUGUGCUGGAACAAUCGAUGGCACACAUAUACCGGUUUCAACACCACAGCAAAAUCAUGCAAGUUAG